AUGACGUAGAGCCUAGCAACAGCGCAGACUCCCGGCCGAGUCCGUUAUGGCCGCUGUCGCCCUGAAGAGGAUGAGUGGGGUCGCGCAAGCGAAGCUGCCGCCCAGGCUGGGCAUCCGGGCCCCCGGGGGUUUGGCGCGGCCGCUGGUCCUGGCGUUCCUGCUUGCGUCCGCCACCAUGUCCAGUGCUCAAUCAUCGUCUGAUUCACAGAGCCAAAUUGUCUUCCAGCCAGAUGUUUCUACUCCAAAUACGAGUGCUGUUUUAAAACAUGAAAACCAGACCAAACCUUCUGUUUCCCAAACCAGCACCACUCUCCCUCCCACAACUAAUACAGAGAAAAAUGGAGGGGCGUCUGUGGCCCCUCGUCCCGCCCCUACCACCGCCCUGUCUCAAGAGGAAGCUGAUAACAAUGAAGAUCCCAGCAUAGAGGAGGAGGAUCUUCUCACGCUGAACAGUUCCCCGUCCACCGCCAAAGACACUCUGGACAAUGGCGAUUACGGAGAACCAGACUACGACUGGACCACCAACCCCAGGGACGAUGAGUCCAGUGAGGCCUUGGAAGAAAACAGGGGCUACAUGGAAAUUGAACAGUCCGCAAGAUCUUUUAAGACCCCAUCCUCAAAUGUAGAAGAGGAAGAUAGCCAUUUCUUUUUUCAUCUUAUUAUUUUUGCUUUUUGCAUUGCUGUUGUUUACAUUACGUAUCACAACAAAAGGAAGAUUUUCCUUCUGGUUCAAAGCAGGAAAUGGCGUGAUGGUCUUUGUUCUAAAACAGUGGAAUACCAUCGUCUAGACCAGAAUGUUAAUGAGGCCAUGCCUUCGCUGAAGAUUACCAAUGAUUAUAUUUUUUAAAGCACUGUGAUUUGAGUUUGCUUAUUAUGUAAUUUUAUUUGCUUGACUUUUUAUAUGAUAUCAUGCAGAUGUUUGCCAUAGGCAUUUGGUAUUAAACGAGAGGUGGGCCUGUCUUUAUUUUGCCUUGGUGCUUUGGAAAUCAAAUGUCACAAACAAGGAAUAUAUAAUUUUUUAUCUACAUUUUUAGAGGUGAAUUCAAUCAGGUGUCCAAAAUGUGGAGCUAAGCAUUAUCUGUUAGUUUUUAUUGUUUUAGAUUUCUUUAUUGUACUUCUGGAAGUAUUAGUAAUGCUACUUCAAAAAGUUCCCAAACUUGUAACUAAAUUCUAGCGUAGCUGGUACUGCUGACUCAGAUUCUCUUUCUGCCAUCCAAAUACUGUUUUUUUAAGGACACGUUUCUUUGUGCUCCCCAACUGUAAUCUCCAAGGAUGUAUGUAAUAAUACUUUGCAUAUAAGUAACAUUUUUCUUCUCUCCAGGAAAAUUGCUUUGGAUAUUUUUGGAUAAUUUAAAUAUAAUUUAAGAUAAUGAUAUUACUCAUUCUGACCACAAGUUUAGGUCAAUAAAUGUUUCUAGAAAUUCUGGCAAUAGGGACUCUGCAGUUUGCAGUGGACAUAGAUAAAAUUUUAGAGCGGCAUCACUUUUUGGUUUGAAUUACUGAAUUAAAUUUAGAGGUAGAAAUGUACAAUUGCUUUUCAUUAGCAAUUGAUUAUAGCACGGGUUCCUCCAAGCUUUCAAGCAAGGGGCGGAGUUUAAAAUUCUAUCCGAUUUUUUCACUUUGUUAAUUAUUUUAUAGUACGUUUGAAUAAAUUUUAGGGACUGUUAUCACUUAAGUAAUAUUAUAUCCAGGUCUUUCAAAUUAAAAUUAUAUCUGAAUGAAGUUGUAUACAUAAAGAAUAUAUGUAUACACCGACUUUUUCUCCCCCUUUACUUGUUUUCUUCCUUUUUUUUUUAACAGCAACUGGAAAUUAUUUGCUGUAUUUCAUUUUAGCCUAGCAUAAAGAAUCAAUCAAUGUGUAAAUAUGUGAUUUGAACCAUGGUUGACUUAUAAGCGUCACUUCAAGUUUUUGAAAAACAUAACCCCUAAUAUAUGUUAAACAAAGCCCAGGUGCGCGAGUGGGCAUGUGCUUUGUGUAGAGAGGGAAGGAGCAGGGCAGUCCGUCGUUUCUCUCGGGUGGACAGUUUAGUGUCCUAAUAUGGAAGGGCAGCACAAUGGCAAUACACCUGGCUGUUCUAUUGCAGUAAUUUUUUUCAUAUCUGAAAUUGUAUUAUUUAAUAUUUUGAAUAAGAUUUUAAAAAAUAAAUGGCAAAGGUAUCAAUCCAUGAUUUUAUAAGU